AUGGAAUCACAACACUUAUAUACUGUAACAAUGAAAUGUUUUUUUCAAGGGGAAUAUCCAGGACCUUUGAACCCAAAUGAGCCAUUGUAUCAGUCGUCGCCAUUCCUUAUUGAGCACAACCCUACUCCAAGUGGGGCGUUUGCAGGCAAGCCGUAUGCGUAUGGCGUCCUGAUUGACAACACAUCUCAGACGUUCAUAAAUCUACGUCAAGGUGAGUCACCUUCCAACAUAAUCUUCAAAGGCAAGUGUAUGGAUCUGAAGCCCGUAAUCAAAUGAGACCUUAGUUAGCUGUUCUUAAUGCUUUCCCAUUAACACUAUUAUGUAUUCUAUUAAGUUAAAACAUAGUUGGAACAUUCUUGAAAUAUUUAUUUUGUUAACCUAGAGCUUGAGUUGUCCCCGCCCUUACCAAUGCGUAAAUGCCAACUCUUAUCAACGCUCACGGCUUCAUUUGACCGAGGCUUUAUUUUUUCUUUCUUUAAUUUAUCCAAAUAACAAUUAUGUAAAUUUACUUCCAAAGGUAACCAGUACUAUUUUGGAUCGCUCCACGGGGAGUUGGAUUACUACUUUUUCGUUGGAGAUCACGUGGCGCACGUUCUUAACGAGCUCACGCAACUCACUGGCCGCACGCUUCUCAAGCCAAAGUACGUGUUUGGCUACCAUCAGGGGGGUUAUGGACCAAAUUAUAACAACAAAUGGAGUCUGCUGCAAGUUGCGCUGCAGUAUCGUGAGGCAAAGAUCCCAUGUGAUGGCAUGCAUGUUGACGUCGAUUUUCAGAAUAAUUACCGCACAUUCACGCACAGUCCGACCAAGUUUCCAAAUCCGAAGGAGUUUUUCAAUGCCUUGCACGAUUGGGGAUACAAGGUAUGGAAAUAUGUCGUCUAAUAUGUCUUCAUAUGUUUUGGAGAAAUUUCACUGUCUUAACUGACUUUGUAGUUUGUGUAAAGGCUGAUUUACAGUUUACACUACACAACUUUUGUCUAAAACUGUCGUAUGCAACCUGCUUACAACUUGAGUUGUACUGUGUGAAUCAAGCAGUCACAUAAAACUAGCUCUUAUAAUUGUGGUGUCGUGAUCACCACGCCUGCCUUUCAAUCUGGGAGACCCGAGUUCAAUCGUCCUUGAUCGCACCUCUAUUCAGGGUUGUGAAAUAAUUGAGGAGAAACUGCCACCUUAACAACAUCACCAUCGACAGAGCAUGUUCACGAACCGUAAAUCAUUUUCACGAACCGUACGGUCCGUAAAGCCAUUUUACAGUUCAUACGGACCGUAUACGAUCCGUACGGAUCGACAAACUUUUAUGCCCUGACUUAAACACAACUCUUUACGGAUCGACAAAGUAGGUUCACGAUACGAACCGCACGGUUCGUACGGUAAGUAAAGCCAUUUCACAGUCCGUACGGACCGUACGGAUUGUGCAAUGUUUUACCAUCUUUACGAUCCGUAUACGUUCGACAGUAUUGGACAACCAUCAGACUUUCGCGUCUUCUCGCAUAAAGACGUUGAAAUCGUAGGUACCUCGGAUCCCCUAUCAAUUGAGCAAUAGCCUGUUGGGAAAUCUGCUCACCAAUGAGAGAGAAACUCAAUAAUAAAUAAUAUAAGCAACUUUUUUAAAUAUACUGGAAGUGCGACCAGGAUUGAACAUAAUGAUUCUUGAGACGUUCUCUGGUUGGAAAUUUCCAACCAGAGAAUUACGUCUCAAAAAUCAUUAAUAAGCAACUCACCUACGACAACGUAGGCACAUACGUUAAGACAGACUACCUACACUGGUAUACAGACAGUUUUAGUACAUACGUUAAGGGGCAAUCUUAAGGAAUCAAUAGACCUUUCCCCUUGUGAGUGAAAUUUUGAUCUAGACAUGCCUGCAGGGCAAAAAUUUCAUCACAGCUUGAAAGAGCAUCACAACAUUUAUUAUAGUAAUAUUCCGAAGUUUCAUUGCGAAAUGUUGUAAAAUGCGGAUAAUAUAGCCUUGCGAAGUUUGCCAUUUUUCAGUCAUUUUGCAAUACAAUCUAACAUUUUGCAUCAGAUGAUCAAACUGAUGCAAAAUGUUAGAUUUUAAUACCAAAUGACUGAAAAACGGCAAACUUCGCAAGGAUAUAUAUUAAGUCCGCAUUUUACAACAUUUCGCAACGAAACUUCUGAAUAUUACUAAUUUUGUGAUGCUCUUUCAAGCUGUGAUGAAAUUUUUGUCCAGACUUGUCUAGAUCAAAAUUUCACUCAAAAGGGGAAAGGUCUAUUAUAUAAUAAUUCGUUGUCUGUCAUAUCAGACAUGUAACAUAAAUUAUACAGUCAAGUAUGCUUUGUUGUUCCAUAUAAUAGCGCAAUGUAUAGCUAAUAUUUGUUUUUACGCACAUUUGAGGAACAUUUCAGAAAGGCAAAUUCAGGAUCCGAGGACCUUUAGACACUUCACGCCAGCAACUGAAACGCAUUUAUUCCGCUCAUCUUUAACCCCAACAAUAAAGUAUGGUCACGUUUCACUAUUUUUUUCUUGAUUUUGUUAAGAUGAGUACCAAUAUUACUCCGAUCAUCAGCUGUAAUGUGGACGAGAACGGUGAAUUCAGCCCAUACAACGCCCUAGACAGCGGCAAAGCCUCAAAGAUGCUGGUCGUGAAUCAACGUGAGGGACAACCUCCCGCCCUCGAUGCAAACGGAAAUGAGGAGUUUUUUAUCGGGAAUGUGAAUUACGGGAGGGGGAUGUUGACUUGGGGUCAUUAUCCGGAUCUUGGUCGACCGGAAGUUCAAAAGUGGUGGGGAGACCAAUACAAGGUGAGUACACCGCACAGUCAUUAAGGUUACAGAACACCUUUGAGUGUUAAUUUCAGUGCCAAAAAUUUUUUUAUUGGUUUCAAUGAAAGCAUUAGACUAGUUCUACUAUCUGACCAAGUUUGAACGAAAAAUGUUGAAAACUCGCAGAGUUAUUUAAUAAAAUACAUUUCGCUGCAAUAAGAAAAACAUUGAAAAUUUAAUAUUCAAAUUCAAUUUUCUGCCGAAAAAUUUUACGGUAAUUACUGAUUUUCAAACGAGUUGUGCUCCUGCGGGUUUUAACCAAUUUUUCUCAAAUUUUCACAGGACAUAGCUAAAUACGUCAGCUUCAAAAUAGUGUUCGGCUUUUUUUUUAUUUUGGAUAUUUUAAAAAUAAAGAGCAAUUCACUCAAGCGAUUCAGAAAUAUAUUGCAGUCGUCAAAGAAAUCGCCAUAUCAACGGAAUGACGAAAUAAACAAAAAUUUCCGAACACAAUUUUUUUAGAACAACUAUCUUACUGUAUAAAAAUGAUAUUUUCAUAAAUAUAACUUAAAACCAGCAGGAGCACAACUCAAAAGCGUAAAGGUACCGCGAUUUAAGAUUUUCCUGAAUAAUUCUUACAUUAUUUUAUUGUUUGUUAAUUUUACAACUUUACCAUAUUUUACAUGCACUGGAGAACAUUUGAUGAAAAUCGGACUGAUAUUGAGCGCGCAGUAGCGAUUUUCCGCAAAACGCCAAAAAGGGUGUCCUGUAACCUUAAGAAUUUAGGAGCAAAACCAGAAUGGAGUGACUGGUGCAGCCAGAUUCGCAGUAUCACAGUUAGCCUGAGUAUAUCGCAGUGUGACUGUGAGCUAGUAUAUUGAUAGAUAACUGUCUUAUGAGUUAUGUGUUCCCCAGUUCAUAGUAAAACAGAAUGUUGACUUUGUGACAGACAAAAUGGACCAAAUGACUUGUGGACUUGCAAGAAAUGACGUCUGACUUGGAUUUUCAAAAUAAGACUUGGUAACAGCUCUGCUCAAAACUAACGAGUACAAUAUACCACGUUUGAGCAUUUUUAGCGCCUUAUCGUUAAGAUCAUUCCGCUAAAAUGAAGAGGUUUUCGACUGUUCGCCAUGUUGCGUACCGUCGGUACCGAGAGUUUUUUUGCUGUUACGUUUCGCUAAUGUUUCUGUAAAUAUGGCUGAAAUCUAGGGACACCGGAACGAUGUGAAGGCAAGGGGGGGGGGGCAGAUUUUCGUGAACGGGCACUUUUGAAUUGAUAUGCAACUAUUUCAAUUAAGGUUGUCCACGAGCAAAGCGGAAAAAUACGAGCACGAAAGGCUGCUGGGAAUCGCUACUAAAUUAAUGAAUUUUCAAAGCGAUUCCCAGCAGCCUUUCGUGCUCGUAUUCGACUUUUCUGCUUUGUUCGUAGACAACGUUAAUUGAAAUAGCUGUAUAUAUACUAAGAGAUGUUUGCAAAACAUCGGGAGUUGAACUUCGCCUAAUCAUGUUUUCUAUUUAUUGGAUGAUAGGGGUGUGAGGGGGUUCUCCGCCAGGCGAUUGUGCUAUUCUUGAAGCUCGAUGAUGACUGCAUUUCUUGCGUUUUCUGAAGCAAAUUCGUAAAAGAAUUGCACUAACAUUUCUGACAAUUCGCUAUUUCGCCAAGGCAAUCCUUUAAAUUGAAAAGGCACCUUUGCCCCCGUUGCCCCUCCUGGAUAAAGGGCAACAGGGGCGGCUGCCCCUCCUGCCCCCCCCCCCAGUUCCAGCGUCCCUGCUGAAAUCAAUCAAGCUGAAAGCUGCCAAUUGUUGGAUUAUCCAAACGAGAACGGUCAAUCAAAAGCUGCAUUGACUGAGCAGCUACUGAGCUCUGCUAGAAAACACUUAACAAACGACGACUAGUAUCCAAAGCCAGACUCGUGUAUAAGAUUUAUUCAUGUAUAAAAUUAUUCAUGGUUUUGCUCCUGCGUUGCUUACUGAAAUAUUUUCCAGUGCUUCAUUUGUCAGACCUCAAAACGGAAUAUUUAAAAAAGUCGGGUUACAGAGGUGCCAAAUUAUGCAACAAUUUAUCAGUUGAAGUUAGAAACGCUGAGAGUUAGCAAGUUUCAAUUCGCUUCUUUGUAAUAUACUUAGUUCCGAAUAAGUAAGUGGUUCCGAAUAUUUGAAAAACAUAGAAAAAUAUUAAAGUUAAAUGUCAUUGAAAAUUGAAAAUUCGCGUCACUUUGCCAAACCGCGUCCGGUCUGUAUGGGCGUUUAGUGUGUGUAAAUAAAGUUUAUCAUACUUUAGCCACGAGUCGAGGCUUCGUAUAUAGAAGUAUUACAACUUUGCACUAAGUCUCGUUCUCAUGGUAUGAAUUCGGAAAUGGCCUAUUAUCUAUUCUCAAGGACCUGCUCGACUGGGGUUUGGACUUCGUAUGGCAGGAUAUGACCACGCCUGCGAUGAAAGCAAGUAUCCAUCAAUCCCCCUGUCCACUCCUUUCGUUCCCUAUGGAUCUCAUGAUUUCCGAUAACGAAGAAACUCGCUACGCGAAGACGGUGAAGUCUGUCGGUAAAAAGCCAUUUGCCAAAAUCCGCUGUUUGUUCAACUACAACCUCUGCAAGGCAACGCACGUAGGUCUCGACCGUCUUUGCGGUGACCGCCGUAAUUUCAUCAUCGCCCGAGGCGGUUUUAUCGGCGUCCAUCGUCAUGCCGCGCUGUGGACUGGGGACAGUACCUCCAACUGGGAGUUUGUGCAGAUCAAUAUUCCGUUGGUGCUGACGAUAGGGUUGUCUGGGCAACCAGUAACCGGCUGCGAUAUUGGAGGAUUUUGUUCUGAAUACAUGGGUCAGAUCGUCGAUCCAGAAUUGUUAACACGUUGGACCAUUCAAGGCGCUUUCUUGCCGUGGUUCAGGAACCAUUACGAUAACUACGCGAAGCCUUAUCAAGAACCGUAUAAGUAAGUACAAUGCAUUGCAUAAUAUCGGGGUUAUUUUAAGACAUGUAUCUACUGUAGAAUUGAAAAGCCAACGACAAGAUGUUAUUUAUUUUCUUUAUACAGGGUUCGUGCAAAACUUGAAAGUCCUUGAAUGUCCUUGAAUUUGAAAACAAAAAUUUAAGGCCUUGAAUGUCCUUGAAUUUGUAAAGAAGUACUUGAAAGUCCUUAAAUUUUUCUUGCUUUAGUUUUUGGAAUUGUUUGAUAUUCAGAACGGACAUUUUGUUGAAUUGAUUUUGCAUGUUCAUAUCUGACAAAGCAGUUUGAGACUAAUUAAAGUUGCGUUUUGAACAGUUCAACGUCGGAUUUUACUGAUUUUUAACCCCUUUUCUUCAGUAUUUAGUCCUUGAUUCUUGAAUUUGCGGAUACAUGGCUUUGAAUGUCCUUGAAAAGUCCUUGAAUUUGACUCUUCCUCACAUGUACGAACCCUGUUUAUAUAUAUAAUAAAAUAGCUGAAAAAUUAGCUAAACUAAGCUCGAACCGAAACGUUUUGGGGGCUUUGUCUUUGAAGGGGGACGUGGAUGUGAUUCAUGAUCUAGACAAAUCAAUGCACGUUAUUUAUUUGUGAUCUUUAUAAAAGAGCUAUGAUAUUGGCUAAUUAAUUAAUUGAUAUUUGACGUUAAAAAUUUCUUUGACUUUUUAAUGAUUGGACAGCAAAAGUUUUACCAAGAAAAAUAUUUCUCUUCGCUACCACCCCGCCAUAAAUAAAGAUCGAUCCCUAAGAGCCAAUGAAAAGCCAGAUUGAAUUCAGAUUAUUAUAUGACAUAAUCUUGAUGAAUCUUCACAAUCAUGAAAACGACGUUGACGAUUCGUAUUGUAAAACUCAUUAAUAUAUAAUCUUUCCUUUUUUGAAGGUACGGCGAACCAGUACCAAGCAUUUGCCGAAAGUACAUCGAGUUACGUUAUCGUCUCAUCCAGGUUUUCUACGAUGCCAUGUACGAAAACACUCAAACGGGCAAACCGAUUUGUCGCCCGUUGUUCAUGGAUGAGAUUCAGCCAGGUAUGCAAUAUUCUUCUCGCCAAUUUUUCUAUUCUAACAACAUGAAUUUUAGUACAAUUUUAAUCCUACUUCUUAGCGUACCUCGUUAAUAACUAACAUAUCAUGGGUUAACAUAGGCGUACCGGGCGGGGGGGCGGGGGGGGCGGUAGCCUCCCCAGUUUCUUGGGCAGUCGGGCAAUAUUCGAUCAACAGUCGGGCAAUUUUGGUUUGAAAUUAAAAAAAUGGGACAAAUUCAGUGAAUUUUGUCUAAAAUUAAGUAAAUUUUUUGGCAAAUUUUUAGAUUUUUCUAAAAUUUGUGUUAUGUUCGGAAAAAUAUUGGUUGUCCGGAAAAAUUUUUUGACCCCUAAAAUGGUACACUGACCGAAAUUUUUUUGGCGACGGGGGGGGGGAGGGGGGGGAGGUCGCCAAAAUAUUUUUUCAGGGAAAAAUUUUUUUGGUAUUAGUCGGGCGGAAUUCUGAAAAGUCGGGCAAUUUUCUUUCCGCCCCCCUAAUUUUUUCCUUCCGGUACGCCCAUGCAUGGGUAGUUGGAAAAUUGGUGUCGCCACCUUAAGUGUACUCCUAUAUGUAUAGCCUAUCGAAGGGAAGCUCAUUAGAAUAACAAUAUCAAACUCAUUACCUAUGUUGGUCAACGGUACUUGUACAUAAAUCUGGUCCUUCACCAUCACGUGUGUAUUGUAUUUUUUCCAAAUCCACCAAUAGUAAUUUUCAGUUAAUUUCCCUAUCGUUCGAAUCACGGAUAGAUAAAUUUCCUAAAAUAUUGCUAUCGGUUAGUUGGGCAAAACUACGAUGCACGCGUGAUGGUAGUGAAUUGGACCAGAUUUAUGAAUCAACGUUGACUAACAUAUAGAUAAUGAGUUAUAUUGUUAUUCUAAUGAGUUUCACAGCCAUCUUCCCUUCGAUACUAGGUUAUGGUGUACUUAAGUGUUCCUAAAAGGCAAACGGCUGCAUUGGUUUAUCUUAACCGGUCAACUAUCAAUAUAUUGUCAUGAUAUGAUAUUUCUGAAACUUCUAUUAAAUAUAUUUAACCCAGCAUAAGUAUACCAAACAAUAUAGUCGGAGAGAGGGGUGGAGGUUAAUUUAAUCCCUAGAUAGCGAAUAAAACAUACUUCAUUGUGUGCUUCGAGAUUUCCCGCCUAAAAGCAACUUUCCUAAUAUAGCUUCCGACUUUUUCGGUAAAAUUUAAAUGUUCAAUUUUGUCUAUAUAUGCAUUUCAAGUGAUAUAGUUAUGUUUUUCACGGUCAUUUGUCCAUGUGAUUUCAUCGAUUUUAUGCGCAUUAAUAUGAUUGCUUGCGUGCAUUUUAUACGUCUUUUCAACAUAAACUACUACAACAUUUCGGGAAACUAUACCUUACAAUUUGAAAACAUCUUAAGUUUUGGACUUUUAAGUCUAGUUUCCUCCUUCUAUAAUGGUCAAUACUUCGAGUGUAUAUACUAAAACAAUUAGACAACUCGGCCUCGUUGUCUAUCGCGAAUAGCCAAUUUGGGCUACGCCUUCGUCGAUUAUUCAUUCGUGGCAACUAGGCCUCGUUGCCUAAUUGUUAAAUUAUUAUCAAAUGGUACAAUCUACUACAGGUGUCUUUAACUACGAUGCCGCCUGCGACGACGAUCACACUUGGGGUUGGGUGGAUGGUUAUACGGCCAACCGUCUCGACGACCAGUUCUUCGUCGGUCGAGACUUCCUCGUGUGUCCGAUUGUCAACCCGGGUCAAACGCAUCGUCCUGUGUACCUUCCAAAGGAUAGCUUUUGGUACAAUUUCAAAGACAACAAAGCUCCACUUGACGCCCCAGUGGCUGGUGGUGUCGAGUUUUCAUUCUACGCUCCUUGGGACAAGCCUGGCAUGGAAAACGUCGCCAUCUAUGUCCGAGAAGGUAUGUAUUGUUAUGGUUUAUUUACAGCAUUCACACGAAGCACAUUCUAUUUUCGAAUUCGCCUAACCAGGAAUUUUGUUUGGUUUAACCAUGGUAAUUAGCCAUUCCGAAGUUGAUGAGUGGACUGGGGACGAGUGUUAAAAAGUGCCCAAAUUAAGAAAUGAACCGCAUCAUUAAAAAGACCACCUCAAGAUUAGUAAGCAUACGAAGCUUGAAGAUGUUUACAUGAAUAUCUUUCGAAUAAUAAGCUUUAAAUUUCAAAAAUUGUGAAAUUACUAAUUAAAACACUGUUUUUGGGACGCGAGCAUUCUUGGUCCCAGGGCCUCACGGCUGAGUGGGAUGGGACCACUGAUGGAUGGGACGCGUGUUCCCAAAAACAAAAUUACAGUACAUUUCGUAGUAAAUAUCGCGUUUUUCGAAAGCUUAUUAUUCGAAGGGUAUUGAUGUAAACGUCUUCAAACUUUGUAUACUUACUAAUUUUGAGGUGUUUUUUUUUUGGUAAUCGUUCCAUCUUUCGCGCACCAAUAUAGUAAACGUUAUGUAAUGGAUAUUAUAGUGUACUGAAAAGUUAACUGGAUACCUCCAUACACAUAUAUACACACCCUAACCCUAACCUUAAACCUAACCCUAACCCCUAGCCUAACCUUAACCUAACCCCUAAUACCUAACCCCUAACCCCUAACCUAUAUUGGUGCGCGAAACAUGGAACGAUAAUCGUUUUUUUAUUGAUUUGGUUCAUUUCUUAAUUUGGGCACUUUUUAACACUCGUCCCAGUCUUCUCAUCAACUUCGGGAUGGCUAAAUUACAGUAACUUUACUACGUUUUUCUUCCAUUUCCCUAUAUUUUUCGCAUUCAAGUACUGUAGCCAUACAUAGUGAGAUACAAAAUGGUUCAGUCAUUAAUCUUUUCAAUUACCUGCCGGUGCCACGGCAAAGUAUUCGAUGUAAAUGCUGUUUGUCUUUGUUUUAGUGUUUUCACUUUCUUAAUCAAAAACUUGGCCUCCCAAAAACUACUGUUGAUAUAAUUGAAAAUUGUGACGCAUAUUUCUGCCUGAUGCUUAAUAUGUUCCCUGAAAGUGCCCAACAAUAUUUAGAUAUUCCAUCGUGGAGUGGCAUGGUUGUUACUUAUUAACGUAAAUAGCCAAAUUCAUAAUGAACAAAUCGGCUAUUUCUAGGUGCUAUCAUCCCAAUGAGAGAACUGGAGCAAUACAUUGGAGAGUUGUACUCCCAAGGGAAAGAGAAUCCGAUAACAUUCUGUAUUUAUCCCGGGAGGGACAACAAGUACACCCUGUACUUGGAUGACGACGGCAAGACGCGUAACGCGGAAACCAAGCAGAUUUAUCGUGUCACCGAAAUCAGUCACGAGGGGAUCGAGAGCGGGCAGCGUGUGCGCGUGAAAAGGUCGCAUGACAAGUUUAAACCACCCGAGACCUUCUACUAUGUAGCGUUGCUGGGAACAACAGCACCGAAAAGCGUCAAAGUUGCUGGAAUAGCCCUAUCAAGGAAGACGGGAGACAGCGAUGACGCAGCUGCAAAUGCUCUGGCAGGGUCUAAAACUGAUACCUUUUACCAUAACGGAUUCCUCAAGACCACCUACAUCAAGGUAUUUGAUCAAAAAGCUGAUGUCACCAUCGACGCUAAGUUUUGAAGGCAUUAAUUAAACUAUUGACUGAACUUUGAAUACUGUUGAAGUUACUAGUAGUGUGAAUUUAAGAGGACUCAGUUGAGUAGAAAUUAAAAUUUAAAUAGCAUUGAAUUUU